AUGGUGUGUUCUCGGUCUCUUACUGUAAUUCUCAUGGUAUUUUUUGAAAAUACCAUAGCGAAAGAGAAUUUUGAGGAAGAUUACAAAGAGUUUUCUCAUCCACUGUGAGUUCAUUGUCAACUUUAAUCCAAUUUUUUCCCAAAAAAUUUGAUUUUUUAAAUCUUUUUUCAGCGCCCUCAAAAUGGAACCUCCUUGUAAGUAAAAUCUCAAAAAGAGUUCAGUAGUAACCGCAGUUUACUGUAGUAUGAUUUUUUAGUGGUCGAUCCUCGAAAACCGAACACUUCAAUCUUCCACUUGGCCAUACACUACCCAGUUUUUCAUAAUUUUACGGCCACGAUUCGACUCAAUGCCCGGCGUGGUUCGGAGCUUCUAAACAAUGCUUAUAAGUAGGUCUACAAUAGUGUCUAACAAAAAAUUUUUUUUUGUUUUUAGAAAAUAAUGACGUCACUUUCAGUUGCUACACGAUCUAUCCGAUUCCGAUGAUCUGCACAGCGAUUCUGGUUGAGCAGGAUACGGCGAAACAGUAUGGAAACUUCUUUUUCAAUGUGGAAAAUGGAUAUUCUUGUAGGCUAAAGUUAAAAAAAAAUUUUUUUGAUUGUAUGGCAAAAAUGGAAAGACUUCCUUUUUCUGGCCCCGCGCUUCGCAGCUUGCGCUCUGAUUUCCCUGCAGACUGCGAAUAAAAAUAGGAAACAGCCUAAGCGGUAAACUAAGCCUAAGGCUAAGCCUAACCUCCCUAAGCCUGGUAUUACUUGCAACCGGAAUUGUUCGGGCGCAAGCUGCAAAACCAUCUUUUCGCCGGGGCCAGAAAAAGGAAGUUUUUGCCAAAAUUUGACUCUACAAUUUUCUGCAGUCUUCAAUGAAACAAAAGUGCAAUCCUGGCACGACGAGCGAUGGGAAUUCGACAUGGACAUGAUAGUUGUAGUGGAAGGAGAGCCCGCCAAUCACAGAAGGGAUUUCUUUUUGAGACUCAAACUGACCCGGGAUGGGAACGUCUACGGGAAUGGACAGUGGAUCGGGACGCUUUCGCAGAACUUUGCCAUCACCACGGACCCUCAAUUCUUUGACGUAUUUUACACGUCAAUUCAGGGAAUGGCCGGGGUGGAUCUGUAUUUUCCCCUCGAGGGAAUCGUGAAAUCCACGAAAGGAGCGGAGGAAUACAUGGAGAGGAUUAUGAAGGAGAAGGAGUACUUGAACAAGGUCAACGGAAAGGUGGGCUUCAAGCCUCCGCCGGUCCAGAAAUUCCAAUGUGUUUCCAUCUUUAUUCCCUGUCUUUUGAUGUGAGUUUGGGAAAUAAUUACAGUACGAUUUUGGAGGGAAAAUGAGUGAAACAGUGUAUUUUAGUGGACUGGCCGUUGGAGCGGUCUCGGCCGGAAUUUACGCCUACAAAGUCAUGAAGAAGGCGUAUGCCGAAGCGGUAAGUUAUAUUGUAAUAGAUAAUGGUGCGGAAGUGAUGAUGUUUGGAACAUUUGAUUGUCUAGAAGGAAGAUAAGGGCGUUUUAAAAAUAGCUGAGGGCUUUUUGACGUUCUUAGCGAUCAAUUUUAAAAAAUGGAAAAUUAUAUUGGAGUAGCACGUCAAUCCAGCGCAUUUCCUGAACCUUUUCGAAACUUCGUAUCGAUGAGAGACGAAAUGUCGCGAAAUUACCGGCACUUUUUCCCGCCCGAAAUAAUUGCUUUUUCUCGAAAACGAAGAAGAAAGACAAGAAAAUGCUUUUUAUCGGAUAGUGACAUUUCGUUUUGAACGAAUCACCAAAAAGGGGCGGGAAAUUUUUUCUUCUAUUUUGGAUUGACGUGAGUAGGUAUUUGAUGACAAAAAAUUGUGAUUUCCAGCUGAAUGAGGGGUUUUGACGGAAGAUAUGGUUAUAGUAUGGCUAGCCAGAAUAUUUAUGAGUUCUCUAUUGUAUACUUUGAGAACAAAAAAUUAUAUUGUACUAGGUGGAAUUUGACCAAAAUAAAAAACAUAUGGAUCAUUGUAAAUUUCGCUGAAUAAUGUCACAGCAACCCAUAUGAACGAUUUUUUGCGACUAUUACUGCAUAAGGUUUCACUGUAAAUUUUGAAUUUCUCAUUUUCAGACGGAUAGUGGUCUAGGACCGACCAGAAGUGUCAUCCUAUCACCCGCAUACUUGCCAUCCGAAGAGGACAGCUACUUUGCGAUCCCCAGAACCCCCGCUUCUACAGAUCCGAAAGGAAAGAGCAAAGGCAAAAGUGUUGUGGAGAAUAAAAAGAAAAGAAAAAGUGAAAUGGGCAAGAACAAGAAGAGUAAUAAAAGUAAGGGAAGAAAGAGAGGGGAAGUCAAGAAAUCGGAGCAGAAAAUCAACCCAGUACAAGAGAUCCAAGCGACCCCAACUGUGCUUCAAACAGUCCAGCCGGCAGCUACAACUCCGCUCCAAACAAUCGAGGCGAUUCCCCCACGAAAUGGUCACAAUGAGCCUGAAAAACAGUACGAAAACCUGGAAAAUCUGGUCAGUCUGCAGGACAGUGUCCAAAAGAAUGCUCCCAAUGCGCAAUAG